AUGGCGGAACAACUGCGUAUAUUGCUGAUCGGCAAUGGUGGUCGUGAGCACACCCUCGCCUGGAAGUUGUCGCAAUCUCCUCUCGUGCAGGAGAUCCACGUAGUACCUGGCAAUGGAGGCACGGCUGGUGUUCUGAAGUGUCGCAAUGUCUCCUCGGUUUCUCAAGAAGACUUCGUUGCUCUCAUAGAAUAUGCGAAGAAGAAUCAUCUCAACUUCGUUGUGCCUGGUCCAGAAGCACCGCUCGUUGCGGGCAUCACAGAUGUCUUCGAGCAGCACCUUCCUAAUGUCCGCGUCUUCGGGCCUAGUCUCGCAGCGGCCAAGAUGGAAGGCAGCAAGACCUUCUCGAAAGACUUCAUGAAGAAGCACAACAUCCCAACCGCUCGAUACGAGAACUUCGACAACUACGAUGCCGCGAAGCAGCACCUAAACAAGGUUGAUUACACUGUCGUGAUCAAGGCUGAUGGUCUGGCUGCUGGUAAGGGUGUCAUCAUUCCGGCGACCAAAGAGGAGGCGCAAAGUGCACUGAAAGAGAUCAUGCUGGACAAGGAGUUUGGUAAUGCUGGCAACAGCGUGGUCAUCGAGGAGUUCCUUGAGGGCGAUGAGAUUAGCAUCUUAUCACUCUCUGAUGGAAACAACAUACUGUCACUACCUCCGGCUCAAGACCACAAGCGAAUAUUCGACAAUGAUCAGGGCCCCAACACUGGUGGAAUGGGCACUUACGCACCUGCCCCAAUCGCGACCAAGGAAGUGCUGGACGAGAUCGACAGGGCAGUGCUUAAGCCCACAAUCGACGGAAUGCGAGCUGAUGGCAUGCCAUUCAUUGGAUGCCUCUUCUCUGGCUUCAUGCUGACCAAGAAUGGUCCAAAGUUGCUGGAGUACAAUGUCCGUUUUGGCGAUCCAGAGUCGCAGUCCUGCCUCCCACUUCUCAAGUCGGACCUUGCUGAGCUCAUGCUGGCCUGCACAAACGGUUCCUUGAGCUCACAAAAACUCGACAUCAGGCCUGAAAGCGCAUGCACAGUUGUUCUUGCGGCUGGCGGCUACCCUGGAUCGUACGCGAAGGGUAUCUCGAUGCAGGUAGCUGAAGAGAAGGAGAGUGAGGGCAGAUAUAUCUUCCACGCUGGCACUGCUCUCAAGGAUGGACAGUUAGUGACCAACGGAGGUCGUGUCAUUGCGGCAACGGCCACAGGCAGCACCCUUCAGGAAGCUGUCAAGAAGGCUUACGAGGGCGUGGAGUACAUCAAGUUUGAAGGCAGGCAGUUCCGCAAGGAUAUUGCUGGGCGUGCAUUGCGUCAGCAGAAGUGA